AACGCUGAUAAAGCAUUAAAGCGUUAGUUUCACCGUAGACUUGCAACGAUUCGGUAAUGCGGUCUCAUCGAUUGUAAGUCUCUCACAUUUUUUUUUUCAACCGUUUGAGUUAUAUAUCGCGAAGUGAUCGAAUUUUGUUUAGUUUUUCAAACAUGAUCUCCGCAACCGCGGUAUUUUUGGCGUGCRUCGUAACAGCCGUCACCUGUGUUGGCAAUCUACAGGUCGUCAACGAAUGGAAUCUGCUCAGGUACGAUGUGCCGUUCAAUUAUCCCAACGCCGAUUCGUACAAGUCCGACGUCACGGUAUCCACCGGAAUCGAAAUUGGUUGGGACAGGAUAUUCAUUACGACCCCGAGACUUUUUAAUGGAAAUCCGGCCACGCUGGCAUGGAUACCUCGCAACCGAGCUGGCGUGACAUAUGACACGCACAAAUCGCCAUUGUUACAGGCAUAUCCCAACUGGGAAUGGCACAGCGAAGCGUCCAGCGGUGAUCUGGUUACGUCGCCAACGCCCAACUGUUCCAGCCUGGUGUCCGUCUUUCGAGUCAGGGCAGACAGGUGUAACAGGCUUUGGGUACUGGACAGUGGAGUCAUGGACAGUCUAGAGACUUUCAACACGAUCUGCCCGCCUAAGUUGUUAGUGUUCGAUAUGAGAACAGACCGAGUGGUGAGAAGCGUGACAUUGCCRCCAGAAAUCUUGAGGCCCAACACUCUUUUGACAAAUUUGGUGAUCGACGAUCAAGUGGAAGUGUCUCAUUUGCAAGACGGAUUCCUUGGAGACUGUGACAACGUGUUUGUAUACAUGACCGACAGCACAAACCCAGGAAUUCUGGUAUACGACGCCCGACGAGACACCGCUUGGAGACUCUCACAUCCGUACAUGUUCCCGGAUCCAGACUUCGGAACCUUCUCGGUGGCCGGUGAAUCUUUCACCCUGAUGGACGGCGUCAUCGGKCUUGCUCUAUCGCCUUUCGGAUCMGUAGGACGGCGCUUGUACUUCCAGCCGUUCGCUUCGGACCGUCUGUUCUCCGUGCCAACAUCCGCACUCAAAGCUGGACCAAACUUGGGUGACGAUGCCGAUCUUCCCGUGUCGCUGGUGGGCCACAAGUCUUCGCAAGCCGCCCCGUUGGCUGUAGACCCCAAGGAUGGUGCUCUCAUAUUCAGUCCGGUGUCCGAAACGGCCUUAGCCACCUGGGUUCCGGGAUCCGUGGAACACGGGUGGGUCUUAAUAUUAUGUUAUAAUAUUAAAUAUACCUUAUAGUUUAUACUACUCGGC